AAAAAUGAUCCAACAUGGGCGACCAAUCAGCUGACACAAUUGAAGACAUAUUUUUCCAUGGUGUAAUUAUCUAAAUUACGUGAAUUAUUACAUAAAACUUAUUAAUACAACGUUUUAAGUGAUCAAACUGUUAUUAAAGUGAUUAUAUGACCAACAUCUGUUAUGGAUAUCAAGAAUUAUAUUGCGAUCUGUGACCUGCCUGCCUACCUCUAAACGAAACAUGGAAGAACCUAUACAAAGGAAAAAUCAAAAUAAAGACACACAAAAUAACUUAAAAAGAAAAUAAGCAAUAAUCAAAUCUAAAAUAGCUAAAGAGAUCUAGUCUCAAACGAAAAUAGUGAAAUUAAAAUAAAAAGAAUAUAAAAUAUUUAUUUUUGUUAUUAAAAGUUAUUGAAUAAAUUCCAUUUAACUGUAUUAUAUGAUAAUACAUUUUAUUUAAAGUGUAGUUACCAAAGAAGUGAAAUAGUUGUAAGAUGUUGCAGUAGUUGGGUUGUUUGCCUGCUUAAAGCCGGUGCUAGUUCGGUGUCAUGGCCGCGACCAUGGUUGAAACGCCUCCGCCGCAGUUGAUCACUACGAUAGAAUGGGGUAUGAUGGAUAAAAGCAAGUUUUUUCCGUUAUACACGCUUAGUAGUUUUACUGUUAGAUGUGCACUAUAUCCUCUGACGCUUGUGAAGACACAGAUCCAAGUCCAACGGAAGAAGGAGGCCUACAGCGGCGUGACGGAUGCCAUCUCCAAGAUAUACAGGAACGAGGGUGUCUCCGGGCUCUAUCGAGGGUUCUGGCUGUCAAGUUUUCAGAUAAUAUCUGGAAUAUUCUACGUGACGACGUACGAGGGGGUGCGCCACGAGCUCGGCAAGUACGAUGUCAGCCCAAAAGCGAAGUCUUUUAUAGGUGGCGGCUGCGCGUCGCUGGUGGGACAGACCAUCAUAGUGCCCUUCGAUGUCCUCAGCCAACACCUCAUGGUCCUGGGACUGGUCAAGGGCAGGGGGAAUGCCAGGAAUUCGCAAAUGAACCCUUUAGGUCUGGACCUAGACAAGAAGCUGUCUAAAGCGGCCCUAGCCCGGGAGGUGGCUGUCCGCGUGUACCGGCUACACGGGCCGCUGGGCUACUACCGUGGUUACGCGGCUUCGCUCGCCGCCUAUGUACCUAACUCAGCCCUCUGGUGGGCGCUGUAUACUACUUAUCAAGACGAGCUCCUGAAGGUGGCUCCCUCGUGGAUGUCGAUCCUGCUGAUACAGUGCGUGGCGGGGACUCUCGGAGGGUUCACGACCACCUUCCUCACCAACCCUCUCGACAUAGUGCGGGCUAGGCUACAGGUCCAAGGUGUAGGUACAAUGAACGAGGUUUUCCGCGACCUCUGGGCUGAAGAAGGUCUCGUGGGGCUGUACUUCAAGGGUCUGUCUGCGCGCCUGGUGCAGUCCGCCUGCUUCUCAUUCAGCAUCAUCCUCGGAUACGAGACCAUCAAGAGGGUCGCACUCAGCGAUGAGUUUAGACCGAGAGUACGCUGGUGAAUAAUAUACGUGACUUGUGA